GAUUUUCAGAUGGAUGCAAUUCCUUUCACAUUGCCCAACUUGAAGAGCAUGGAAUUGUCGAUAGACUUUGUUGAUGUGCACUGCAUUUCAUUAAUGGUUUGCUUACUAGGGAGCUCUCCUAACCUUGAAAAACUUAAAAUUGAGGUUCGAUGGGCGAACAGGGAUGUAAAUCAUGACUUCCUAACUGCACAGUGGACUGAUGUCAUGUGUGCAAAUCUUCAAGUUGUACAAAUACUUAGUUAUAAAGGGUGGCUUCCAUUGUCUCUCAUAAAGUGCAUUCUGUCCAAAGCAAGUCUUCUUCGUACAUUGUCUGUGGAUGCAUGCCCAGUUUCUCAUUACAACGAGUUACUAAAAUGCAGAAGGGCUUCACCUCAUGCUCAGGUUCUGUUUAAGGUUCAGUUAGAGAAGAUUAGUUUUAAUCGCAUGAAGUUUGCAGAAAAAAGACUCAACUAAGGAACAGGCUUAAUUUGUGUUUGGCUUUGAAAGGAGCUUCCAGAAAUGCUAUAAAUGUUUUACCGAGAGAAAUGUGUAAUAGAAGUAUUGAGUUGAUCAUUGAUCCAUGGAGUGUUGAUCCUCGCUAUUUUUUGGUACUGUUGGUAGUGCAAACAGCUCUUGUUCAUUGAUAAUAUUUAUAGGGCCUGCUU